GGAUUUUCAGGUCCAUCCAGUACACCUAAGCAGCGCGGAAGAAGUGUUUAGGGUUCAUUAACUUCAUGGCAGUGGUCAAUUGUUCCGAAAUCGCCAAUCUGAAGCAGAAUUCUGGAUUGUGUGAAAGGCGGAUUCUGGACUUGGUCAUUCACAGAAACGAGAGAUCGAGAGAACGAGAAAGAGGAAAAUCGAUCACUUUAUAACACUCACGCAGACACAGGACUGAAGAAAAUUGUCACUCCAUUUUGCAAGAAUGAAGCUGGUGCGCAAAGAUUUCGUGAAGGAUGCUGCUGGCUUUGUCAAGCUUGUACCUGAAGAGCCGGAAGAUCUGUGGCAUGUUUAUAAUCUGAUUGCUCCAAACGACCAUAUCUCUGCCGUUACUGUCAGGAAGGUGAACAGGGAGACAUCUUCAGGUGGGAAUGAAGCUGAACGUGUACGUCUGAAAUUAGAAGUUAAAGUUGAGACAGUUGAGUACGAUAAUGUAGCGGCCGUGCUGCGUGUCCGCGGAAAGAAUAUGGCUGAAAACGAGCAUGUGCGGUUAGGUGCUUAUCAUACACUUGAAAUUGAUCAGCAGCGGCCCUUUGUUUUGACCAAGAGCAACUGGGAUUCAAUCGCAAUUGAUCUUCUGAAAGAAGCUUGUGAUCCAGCUGCAAGCGCCGAUGUAGCGGCAGUUAUUUUGCAAGAAGGUUUAGCCAAUAUCUGUCUUCUGGGUCAAAGUGUUACCACCACAAAAGCUCGCCUAGAAACUUCUAUUCCUCGCAAACGGGGUGCAGCAAUAGCCGGUUAUGACAAGGCUCUGAACAAAUUCUUUGAGAACGUGUUGCAGGGUGUCCUACGCCAUGUAGACUUCAGUAUCGUAAAAUGUCUAAUCAUAGCAAGCCCAGGUUUCACUAAGGAUCAGUUUUAUAACUACAUGAUGCUGGAGGCAUCGCGACGGGAGCUCCGAAAUAUCAUCGAAAACAAGUCAAAGAUUGUGCUGGCACACUCCUCAUCCGGUUAUAAACAUUCUUUAAAAGAGGUUCUUGCUGAACCAGCUGUCAUGGCACAAAUCAAAGAUACCAGGGCUGCAAAGGAGGUUAAGGUCAUGCAGGAUUUCUUCAGCAUGCUCUCUCAAGACUCUGCACGUGCCUUUUAUGGACCCAAGCAUGUAGAAGCUGCUCAGGAACGCAUUGCAAUUCAAACUCUUUUGAUUACUGAUGAGUUAUUUAGGUGUGCGGAUAUUCCGACGAGGCGUAGAUAUGUUGAUCUGGUUGAGUCUGUUAAGGAGAUGGGCGGUGAUGUACAUGUCUUCUCAUCUAUGCAUCCCUCGGGUGAACAGCUGGGUCAGUUGACAGGAAUUGCUGCAAUACUACGUUUUCCUCUACCGGAUCUUGAGGAUAUGGAAUUGUGAAAUCGAGAAAUUUUUCUUUCAACGUGCCAGAUAUUGCAUCAGUGAUGUAGGGAACAAUUUAGUUGCGCUGCUUUUACAUGUUUGAAGGUCAAGUUGGAGAUUUCUUGAUUACAUCAGCAAGGUUAUCAUUGAGCCGCGGUGUGGGAGUUUAUUAGACUGCUUGUGCAUAAUAUUUUUCUCAUACCUCGAAUUUUCGUCUAGACUUCCGUACUUGACUUUCGUAUCUUAUGGUGAUCAGUACAGCUGAAGCAUGCGAUACAAGAUCUGGACUUCAUUUCCAGUAUCUAUCCUCGUUAUGUUCAUAAAUUUGUAUUAAUGUGUAGCGAAAGCUUCCGGAGACCCUACCAGGUCGGGUAUUACGGGCGUAGAAUAGUUGAGACUCAGAUGUUUCCCGGUGACAUUCUCGGAAGUAGAAGUCAACCUGCUCAGUCAAAAGCCAUUUAUAUGCUUGGACUGUACGUUCAGGUGACGAUUCAAGUGCAUAGAAUUGGUGGAUAGCAUGUAUAAGAAUGACAUCCUUCACAUUUGUCUGUUCUUUGCCUGCACAAUACCCCUCAUUGAUACUUGAACUUUGUGCACAUUGAAGACGGGUGCAAUAGUGAAAUUUUACCUUUAUCCUAGCAGAUGCUGGGAAGAACUGUUCCCUGAUUAUGUAUGGCCACAUCUUCAUGUGAUGAAAAAUAUGGAAUGACGUCGUUUUAUUUCAAGUGAGUAAAAUCCACUCGGCAUCGGAUUGAACGUUGCAUCACGUACAGAUCUCAAUCCUGGAUUUACCAAAGAGUGAACGCCAAGCUCUUUAUCGGUCAUUAUUCUUCUUUCGUCAUUCUGUCCUACAGUACCAUAUUCUGACUG